GAUGUAAAAAAUAUACAUAUGUCAAACGGCCAUUUUAUUGUUUGUUGUGUACUUAGUGAACAUUUCAAGACCAAAUUCACACUAUAAAAUUUUUACAUCAAUUUGAAUUUGAAGGAGAGAAUAUUUUUACCAUUUAUUCAGAAACAAUUUUGGAAAUGGAAGGCAAACAGAACAUUCUAGUACAAGUACCAACGGUUGAAAUAACCGAGAUUGUCAGUAUAACAGAAAUUUGUAGAAUUUGUGCAAAUCAACAAGAUAAAUUGAUUGGAAUUUAUUCUGAUGAUGGGGAAGUUAAUAAUUUAAGUUAUAAAAUGAAUUCAUAUCUUCCCGUUAAAGUAGACAAAACAGACGAAUUACCACUUCAAUGUUGUUGGCAAUGUGCUUCUACAGUAUUAGCAUGGCAUGAAUUAUUUUUAACCAGUAUAGAAGCUGACCGAAGAUUGAGAAGCUAUCAAUUUGUCACAGAAAAACAAAAAGAAAAUGACUUGCAACAAACCAAAACUACGUUAGAACAAAAUAAUGAUAUUAAAGAAUCUGAUAAAUCAGAGUCGGAAGAAGAUAUAUGCGAAAAAUUAAAUUCUCCAACACGAAACUUGGAUUAUAAAGACGCAGUGGAUUUAUCUUCAAAAAGCUGUAUAUUGUGUACAUUAAGUUUCAAUACUAAAUCAAAAUUAAAAAACCAUAUGUUGGAAGUUCAUAAAAUGAAGCGUCCAGCACCAGUUGAUCGGAAAAAAAUUGAUAUUUUUGCAUGUACAGAGUGCAAUAAAUCUUUUACAAGAAAGUUUGAUAUGCAGAGACAUAUUAAAAGGAAGCACCCUCAAACUUCUAUAGAACCUUCGGUGAGAUGUAAGAACUUAGAAAUGGCAAAUAAAUGUAAAAUAACCGAACCAGACGAAACAUAUUACCAAUGUAAUAUUUGCCAAAAUAAGUUUAGCACAUCCUCUGUAUUCAUAACCCAUUAUAACAUUCACGUAAAUAACAAAUUACACUGUUGCCACAUUUGCGGCAAGAAAUACCAUAGAAGCGCUCACUUAAAACGUCAUCUAGAUCAAUUACAUUACGGAAUAAAAUAUUCUUGUGAAUAUUGUGAUCAAACUUUUACCAGUAAAACUACAAGAGACGAGCAUUUAAAUACACAUACGAAUAAUAGGCCGUACAUGUGCGACACGUGUGGGAAAUCUUUCAGGCAAUCUUCUUCUCUUUACGUCCACAAACUAUUUCAUCGGGAUAUUUUUCCAUAUUCGUGUAAUAUUUGCGAUAAAAAGUUUAGAAGAAAUGGAGAACUUAAAAAACACACGUUCAUACAUACAGGAGAAAGACAGUUUAGUUGUGCGAUAUGUAAAAGACCGUUUAGGUUACGACAAGAUUUGAAAAGACAUAUGAAGAUUCAUAAUAUUGGUCAAAAUUCAACCUCUUCGAAGUAAGCAUACCAGGGAUUUACCCCAGAACUCAAGUUUAUAACUUUAGUUCCAAAAUAUGUGCUACCUAAGUAGUCGUAUCGACAAAGGCCAAGUUAACGAAAAAAGAAGAAUAACAAAUAUAACUUUGUUAUAAUGAAGUAUAUAACUUUUACUUACAGAAUAUAUGAUGUUUAAGUAGCCGUAUCGACAAAGGCCAAGUUACCAAAAAAAGAAGAAUAAUACAUCUAGCUUCGUUAUAAUCUUUAUAAUUUUUGGUUCCAGGAUGUGGGAUGACUGAGUAGUCGUGCUGGCAAAGGUCAAGUUACAGAAAAAAGAAGAAUAACUUAUCUAACUUUGUAACAACCAUAGAUAUGGUGAUACUAGACUGUGCAAUUCAUAAGGUGUACAAAGAAAAAAUAAACAUCAGGUCUAGGGUAGUAAGAUACAAGAAGAAACACUUUGAUAGAGAUAACUACUUUCUUUGUAUCUCGUUCUAAUAUUGGAAUACGAAUUUCAUCAAAUGCGCGAUCUAGUAUUGUUUGUCUAUGGUUACAAUAUUGUGUAUCUGUAGCUAGAAAUAGUGUAUAUACCAAUUGUCUCUUAUAUGUAAUAAAAAAAUUUUAUUCAAACUAUUUAAUAUUUUAUUCGAAUAAAGUGUAAACAAACAUUUAAAUCACAAUAAAGAAGUUUCUGUCUUUAGAGUUUA